UGUUAGAACUAUUAACUUUUGUGUACUACAGAAAGCUAUGUAGCAUUAAAAUCUUAUUUAAGCCCUUUACUUGCUUUAAAAUAUUGCUUUUAAAUUUUAUGAUACAUAUCCUUUUUACAAUGUAAAAUUGUUAUAUUGACUUCUGGCAUUUCUGAUUUAUAGACCCCAGGAAUUUUGAAAAUGACACAAAUUAUUUAAAAAUAUUAAUGUAAACAAACCAAAUUUUAGUAUUGAAUAGCUUGAAAUUGAAAUUCAUAAAAUAAGUUCAAGGAUACUUUUAUUUCUAUAAUAACUUAUUUUAACAUAAUAUGCUAAAUAGCUGUACAUUUUUUUGUUGCUUUUUCACCUACAAUGGAGUAAAUAAAUAUGUAGUUAUCGCAUUGUGUGCUGACAUAUUGGUUUCUUAAUCCACUUGACCUUUUAGAAAGGAAAUAAAAAUGAUAGAGCCGGAGGGAAAAUGAAUAGUUAAUUGUGAAGGAGGAGAAAGCGUAGCUCGGUACUUUGACUAGAGGCAGCUGGGGAAGUGACGUCCUGUAGCAUUUGCUGUUCUAGAAAGUACAGAGACACGUAGUGAAAAUGGGAGGAUCUAGAAGGAGGCUGUCUCCUGUGUAGUGUAUAUUUAUCUGUAAGUGAGCUGUUGGGAGGGAAUUAAAUAGAGAAGCGCUGUCUGCUUGCUGCAGUAAGACAGCUAGCUGAAUUGCUGAUUUGCUUUAACUUUUAAAAUACACAGCUUGGUUUAUUUUUCUUAGAGUCAUUGUAUUGCUAAGACUGGGGACGCUGUUCUCUUUUACAAAGGGAAAUCUAAGUUCAUUUCAAGGCAUUCGAAAUGGGGAAAGACUAUUAUUGCAUUUUGGGAAUUGAAAAAGGAGCUUCAGAUGAAGAUAUUAAAAAGGCUUACCGAAAACAAGCCCUCAAAUUUCAUCCGGACAAGAACAAAUCUCCUCAGGCAGAGGAAAAAUUUAAAGAGGUCGCAGAAGCUUAUGAAGUAUUGAGUGAUCCUAAAAAGAGAGAAAUAUAUGAUCAAUUUGGGGAAGAAGGGUUGAAAGGAGGAGCAGGAGGUACUGACGGACAAGGUGGUACCUUCCGGUACACCUUUCAUGGAGAUCCUCAUGCCACAUUUGCAGCAUUUUUUGGAGGUUCCAACCCCUUUGAAAUUUUCUUUGGAAGACGAAUGGCUGGUGGUAGAGAUUCUGAAGAUAUGGAAGUAGAUGGGGACCCUUUUAGUGCCUUUGGAUUCAGCAUGAAUGGAUAUCCAAGAGACAGGAAUUCUGUGGGACCAUCGCGCCUCAAACAAGAUCCUCCAGUUAUUCAUGAACUUAGAGUAUCACUUGAAGAAAUAUAUAGUGGUUGUACCAAACGGAUGAAGAUUUCUCGAAAAAGGUUAAAUCCUGAUGGAAGGAGUUAUAGAUCUGAGGACAAAAUUCUCACCAUUGAGAUUAAAAAAGGGUGGAAAGAAGGCACCAAAAUUACUUUUCCAAGAGAAGGAGAUGAAACACCAAAUAGUAUUCCCGCAGACAUCGUUUUUAUCAUUAAAGAUAAAGAUCACCCAAAAUUUAAAAGGGAUGGAUCAAAUAUAAUUUAUAAUGCUAAAAUUAGUUUAAGAGAGGCAUUGUGUGGCUGCUCAGUUAAUGUACCAACAAUGGAUGGAAGAACCAUACCUAUGUCAUUAAAUGAUAUUGUGAAACCUGGAAUGAGGAGAAGAAUUAUUGGAUAUGGGCUACCAUUUCCAAAAAAUCCUGACCAACGUGGUGACCUUCUAAUAGAAUUUGAGGUGUCCUUCCCAGAUACUAUAUCUUCAUCAUCAAAAGAAAUACUUAGGAAACAUCUUCCUGCCUCAUAGAAUGAAGAACUUUGUUACCCAUAUUUUGACAAGGCACUGAAAAUAUAAAAGGACUGGCAGUUUACUGAUGUAGAUGUGAAUUCUGUAUAAAGAUGUGUAAAUUCUUUUGAGGGCUCGUUAAAUUGCAUGAAUAUAGAUGGGUCAAAUAAAUAGGCAAAAGGGAUUUUUACAGUUAGAAAUUAAGAGAAAACCACUCACUGUAUUUUAUUUCAUUUUUCCCAAAUCAGAAAUUUUUGUAUUUUGCUUACAUGUACAAGUUAAUUGUUUUUGUGGAGUCAGUAUAUAUAUUUCCAUAUAUAUUUUCAAUAAAGUACUAGACUUAUCUGAGUACUUUAUUUCUUAUAUCUUUAGAUUUUCAGUAUAAGUUCCAACUUAUAAUUCUUAACUAAACUCUACAUAUGAAAUGUAUUUUAGGGGAAGAUUAACAACCUAAGUAAUUCGGAAAUGUGGUUAACUAGAUUUAAAUUACCUUUUAAAAUGCUGGUACAGGGCUGGUACCUGGUAAAAGAAUAUCCUGAUGCAUAUGUUUCACCAUUUUGAUUUUUAAAGUAUGCCAUAGCAUUUCUUAGUAACAUAGUUGCAACCUUCAUAAUGUAGACCUUUUCUUCAUAAAAAGGAAAUAAAUGGAAAUUUAUAUCCCAUGGAAAUCCCAAUUGCCUGAAUUACUGAUAUUUUAGAAAUAGGCUGUUUUUAAAAUGCCAUAUGUAAUUUUAUGCAAGUUGACUAUAUAUCUUGGACUUUUAAAUUAUAGAUUCAUUUUAUUGUCCUCUAGUUUAAAAUAAUUUGUUUAACAAUGUGUUUUCAGAGGAAAUACUGUUAUUUGGAAUUAAUUUUCCAAUUAUACAUCUUCUAUAACUUACUCAUAAUAUGCUAUAUGUACCUUAUGCAAUUUCCCUAAAAGGAAUAAACUACCAGUAUGGUCUUAAACAAAAAUAUGGGAAAAAUAAACACUAACUGCUGCUUAUGGAUAAUGUUGCUACUACUUGUUAUGCACAUAAAUAUUUUACUUUUUUCACAUGUAUAGAUUGCAUUUCUUAGGUGUUUUAAUUUUUUAAAUAUAUGUACGUUUAAAAUUUAUUUUGUUUUUUUCUGUUUUAUCACUGUAGUGAGAAUGGUGUUUUGAAACAAAGUUUUUCAUUAAACAAUUUUUUGGGAUGAUUCAUAUAUAUGCUAGGUAUACUGGAUCCUAUCACCUUUUAGCAGAACAUGAAAUCUUCUUUAGAAAUUUAAUAUAAAUAGGUUAGAAUAACCAUAUACUUUUUAAAAAACAGCUUUAUUAUAAUUUACAUACCACAAAGUUCACCCUUUUAAAGUUUACAAUUCAAUGGUUUUAGAAUAUUCACAAAGUUGUGCAACUUUCACCACUUUCUAAUUCCAUAACAUUUUCAUCACCUCAAAAAGAAACUCCAUACUCUUUAACAGUCACUCUGCAUCCACCCUUCCUCCAGCCCUUGACAACUACUAACCUACUUUUUGUCUCUAUGGAUUUCCUUAUUCUGGACAUAUCAUAUAAAAGGAAUCAAACACUGUGUGACUUUUUGUGUCUGGCUUCUUCACUUAGCAUAAUGUUUUUAAGGUUCAUCCAUGAUGUGUAGCAUGUAUCACUACUUCAUUUCAUUUUAUGACCAAAUAAUUUUCCAUUGUAUGGAUAUACUACAUUUUGCUUAUUCAUUCAUUAGUUAAUGAGUAUUUGGGUUGUUUCAUUUUUUGGCUAUUAUGAAUAAUGCUGCUAUGAA